AUGGAGGCGUCGCCUGACGGGCGGCCGGGCGGCGGUAUGGCGGCUGCGGGGACAGGGGCCGAGGCGGCGGGGGUCUGCUCCGGCGGGGACAGCGGGAACGUCUCGCAGAGCCACAGCAACGCCUCCGGGCUGGGCGGGCAGGAGGACGAGGAGGGGGACGCGCUGGACGCGUCGCUCAGCGCAACCGCCGCCGCCUAUAGCGCGUACCUGCUGGUCGAGCGUAGCGCCUUCAGCGAGCAGGUGGAAAGCUUAGAGAAGAGCCUGGAAGAGCUGCUGACGAGAGUAGACGAGUUUGUGGGGAUGCUGGACAUGAUUCGAAGUGAUUCAUCCCAAGUUGUCAAUGAGAGCAUACCUGAAAUUUACACCAAAGCUACCGAGAUGAGGCAGAUAUACAGGAGGAUUGACAAGCUGGAGGCUUUUGUGAAGAUGAUUGCAAACCUCGUGGCUGGAAUGGAAGAACGGGUUGUAAAGGCAGAAACAGACCUUGGAGCUUUUCCAAGCACAUUCAAGAAAAUCUUGCACACGAUCAGCAUGCCGUCCUUCCGUAAUAAAUCGUCUUCCUCACGACAGCAGACUGCCUAUGAGCCUCCUGUCCUCUUCAAGACUGAAGAUUAUUUUCCGUGCCCUAAUGAAGCACCUUAUUGACCAUUUUGGUUUUGGAGUUGGUAUGAAUCAGCCGGAAUAGAACAAGCCAAGUGAACAAAAGAAAUGACAGCCUCAAAAUAGCUGCAUUUCUGAGUAUUAUUAGUGGCACAUUGCCAUUCUGAUUCUCAUUGUCUUCCUACAGGCAGCAUUUUCAGGUAAUCUCUUUUUGGGUAUAUUAUUUGAAAAGUCUUCCAAAAACAGUGUACAUUUUCAGUUUAUAAUGAGGAAGGAGCUUAAAAAUACUUCUGUGUUAGAGUUUGGGGCUUUUUUUUUUUGUCUUUUUUUUUAAAAAAAAAAACAAACAAAUAAUAGGAAACAUACUUUUAUACUACAUCUCUUUUAACAAAUCAGGGCUGCUGCAAAUGUAAAUAACUACCACAAAGCAGUUAUUUUUGGUUUGGUUUUCUUUUUUUUAUUUAAACACACUGAGGUGAAAGUACUUGGUCCCUGCAGUCGGUGUGGAGAAUUGCACCACCUGAGGAUGUGCAGGGGUGGCAAGAGGAGGACUGGGAAGAUUGGUGAGGAGUCAAGGACGUGACUUGGCUUGGGCAGUGUAGUCCAAGUUCAUGAUGUGAACAUCCUGUGCCUACUGAUGGUCAUCAGGUCACUGUGACCACAGUUUCUGAUUAUUGCAACAUGUUAUCAUGUGAUGUGUAACCAAGUGGGUAUGAUACAUAUAAUUUACCAUCAGAAAGAAAAGGAAUGUUAAGUUGAGGCAGGGCCAUCUUUGGACUGAGCCUGUAUUGGACGCCUCACCUGACCUGAUGCUAUUCCCUUUCACACCUCUGUGCAGUGACUGGGACUGUCUGUGCUGCCUGGAAUGUGAGUAAAUUGUCAAUAAACGAAUGGCUUAUGUAA